CUGUGUACAGGUAAGGGGUGGGAGAGUAGGAUGACAGCACGUAGACCUCUUCAAAUAAGCAUUGACUUCGGUCGUGUUACCUGGCUCACAAGCUUUCUCUUCGUCACUAACUUUUUAUAAAGCUUUAGCACGUGAACUCUAUUAUGUAGGCUAUUUGAACGUUUAAUAACGCAUUAAACGUGCAGGUGGACAUUGAAGCGUCUUUUUUCAAACACUUUUAUAAGAAGUUUGCCGUUGACGGGAGUAACUUAUGGCAGCAACAAAUCGCUUUAGACGAGUGAGAUCUCAGCUGCCAUCAUGCUAUUACGAAGGCUAUCUGGAAAAGAAAUCAAUCAAAGAUAAGAUGGGUCGUAAACUCUGGACCAGUCUAUGUGGCAAUUCACUCUUUUUCUACAAUAACAACAAAGACAGUGUUUAUAUAGAGAAGCUGGAGCUCUCUGAUCUCGUCUCUGUAUCAGAUGACUGCUGUCGUGACCGAAAUCUGGACACUGCUAGAUUCACUCUGCACAUGAAAAAUGAAGACAUCAAAAUGAUUGCCCCCAGCCUUGAGACUCGAGAACUGUGGAAAGGCUUCAUGCUCUCAGUUUCAACGCAAUCUGUGCCAAGUUCUCUGAACCUGCUGCCUGGCCAGAUUCACAUGAUGAAGGAAAUAAUAGAGAAAGAGAAAAUAAGGCAGCGGCUUCUUUCAAUUCCUCCACCAUCCUCGUGUUCUGACAAUUAUGUUACUGUACAGUCAGACAUGCCUUCGUGUUAUCAUAAUGUCACUCGUGUCGAAGCUGAGUACUUAUUGGAAAGGAACUCUAAACGGGGAAACCUACUGCUGCGGCCGGGUCAUGAUGGGACGUCUUUCGCUCUCACUACGCGCCAAGAUAUUAACGGACCAGUAUUCAGACAUUAUCGUGUGUCUCGGAGGCACGAAGGAGGAUUCGCCAUUGCUCUUGAGACUCCUAUCACCUGUGAGACCCUGCAUGAUGUCGUUACCUGCCUGCUGGAGAAGACCAAUGGGGUUUUGGUGCCUCUUCUGAUGGAGGAACACUAUCAUGAUAAAAUCAUGAUCGCUAACACCGAUAAGGAGAAUGGUGAGACAAGUGUGCACUGUCCCAAAGUCUCUUCGUUUACUCUUCCAGCGCCACCCCCAAAACCAGUGAUAGCUAACACAGAUAAGGAGAAUGGUGAGACAAGUGUGCACUGUCCCAAAGUCUCUUCGCUUACUCCUCCAGCGCCACCCCCAAAACCAGUCCCAAGGAAUCAAAGAUCCAGUCCAGAGCCAAACACACAGGAAGGCACCUACAUCAAUGUCUCAGAUGUUGGAGAGUAUGAGAUGGAUGAGGCAGCAUGUUCUCCACCUCCUGUCCUGCCACGUCUUCCAGCGGGGCGACAUUUGCCGCAUCAGAAUUCAAUGCCUCCAGAUCUAAACAGUGGUUCAGACGUUGAAAGGAAAGCUUUGGUACCUCCUGGCUACGCUAAAACAAGUUCCCGAAGCAACAGUUUGUCAGGCGUGCCUAAGAAUAUUCCCAAGUGUCAGCGACAUGUUGACUUAAAUGGGCUCCAAGAGGUUCUUAAUAGGAGACGAAACCAGGAGUAAAUGAUAAUAAUAAUGGUUUCAUUGUGGAACGAGGAAUAAUUCCUUAGUAUUAAGCUCGUCUUAAAUCUACACCAGCAGAUAUAUGGAUACAGCUUCACUCUCCUGAACACUGUAUCUGUGAUAUUCGCCCACUGCUGUCCGGUUGGAUCAACAAAUAGGCCAUUGAAUCAAAUGUUCUUUAUUGAUCCUUUCAGCAUUAUGAUGUAUUAGUUAUCGCAAUCGUUUAUUAUCGAUCAUCAUGUGUGGCGUCAUGUAGCUGCUGACUGUAAAUCACUACUGUUGUUUGUGUAGUUUAUCUCAUUGAUUUAUCACAGGUUAUUCAGAUGAAAAUUCACAUAUAAUAUUCCUAUGUGUCAGAUAGCUGGUCUACGUCUCUUUUCUCUGUCUCUGAUCUUACAAAUAUCAGGCUUGCGAAAACAAUGACAAAUGGUUGUUGAUAAUAUGAUUGUGACUUUACUAUGUGGGGAAGUUGCAGGUCUUCUUUCUCCAGAUAGAGAAACAGAUCAAACAAAUGUUGUUUUUCUGUUCCUGUUAAAACAUGUUUUAUACUAUAUAUUUUGAGACCAAUACAAUGAUCAUGGAAAAACAUACCGUG